GGGUGGGUGGGGUGGAGGGGGCGGGGCUGCGGGCCGUACCAUCUUCCACCAUGGGGGAGGUAGAGCGCGGCCUUCCCCUUGGUCACACGCUCAGAAGCGGGCAGGUGGGCGCCGCGGUUCCCCUGGCCCCCUGCGGCAGGUCCCUCAUGUCCCUCCUUUUCGCAUCCUCUGGGCUCAGGGCGUGGGCUGGCUCCGGCAGGGCAGACCCCGGGGCUGCGCGCCCCCCGGCGUGGGAGCGGCAGGCGCAGGGGGCGGAGCCCGUGGAGGUCGGCUGUGUCCUUGCGGCGCGGCCGGGGCCGUGAGUCUGUGUACGCCGGGCGGUCGGCGCGGCCGGUCAACUCUGCGGCGUAGGCUACUGGGCGGUCUCGCCAUGUUGUCCCGGGCAGCGCGCAGCACGAGCCGGACGGUGGUGCCGGCGCUGGGGUCGCUGGCUUCCAGACAGAAGCACAGCCUCCCCGACUUGCCGUACGAUUAUGGCGCCCUGGAGCCUCACAUCAACGCCCAGAUCAUGCAGCUGCACCACAGCAAGCACCACGCGACCUACGUGAACAACCUGAAUGCCAUCGAGGAGAAGUAUCUGGAGGCGCUGCAGAAGGGUGACAUUACAGCUCAGGUAGCUCUUCAGCCUGGGCUCAAGUUCAAUGGCGGAGGCCAUAUAAAUCAUUCCAUCUUCUGGACAAACCUGAGCCCUAAGGGUGGUGGAGAACCCAAAGGGGAAUUGCUGGAAGCCAUCAAACGUGAUUUUGGUUCCUUCGACAAAUUUAAGGAGAAGUUGACUACUGUAUCCGUUGGCGUCCAAGGCUCAGGUUGGGGUUGGCUUGGUUUCAGUAAGGAACAGGGACGCUUACAGAUUGCUGCUUGUUUUAACCAGGAUCCCCUGCAAGGAACAACAGGUCUUAUUCCACUACUGGGGAUCGAUGUGUGGGAGCAUGCUUAUUACCUUCAGUAUAAAAAUGUCAGACCGGAUUACCUAAAAGCUAUUUGGAAUGUUAUCAACUGGGAGAAUGUAACGGAGAGAUACAUGGCUUGCAAAAAGUAAAACGUGAUCAUUACAUUGAGCAAAAUAAGCUUUUCACAACUAUUUUUGUAGUAGUGCAGAGUACCAUGGUCCUCCAGUGAGCUGCUCUAUUGUAGCAUUUCUAGCUUGUUCAAGCAUUUGAUGAACAUGACUUAAUGCUCGGAAUUUCUUGUUUUCAAAUUUUGUUAUUGGGCAACUGAAAAUAGUAAGUGCUUUGUAUGAUUUAGUCUUUUGAUUGAACAUCAUCUUCCGAGAGCUGAAACAGCCAGCAGGUUAUAAUUGCCAUCAUAAAACCAUUGAAAAGAUCUCACCCCUGUCCCCUUAGGGCCUCUGGGGAAGCCUUUUGCCCCUUAUUGCACUUGUAGAAAACCUGGUCCUUUGCCCAGUUGUUUAAUGAUAAAAGAUUAAAUUUGUUUCCCAAGGGAAGUGUUCAGUUUUUCUAUUGAAAAUUGCUCUUUUUGUAAGUAAUCUUCUGUCUAGUAGUACUUGUGGUAGAUACCACCCAUGGGCCUUUAAUUAUUUUUCGUCACAUGUUCCACAGGAUUAACACCAUUUUGUCUUUUAAAAAAUAUCACUUGAUUGCCAAUUGAGAAUUUCUCUAUUAUGAAAAGGAAAUAGUCGUGCAUUUGAAUUUUUCUGUUGGGAGAAAUAAAAAGACUUUUAUGUGAAAGUUUGUCAUCAAACAAAGAAGUAUGUGUUAGGUACCUGCUCAAAGCAGACAAAUCUGGGCCUUGUUGAUAAAAUGAAUGUUGGGAAUGAGGCCACAGACUGUUCUGGCCAGGCGCUUGCCCCACGUUUCCACCCUGUUCACAAGCACCCCUCUGCAGAGCGGCAGCCUGGGUCGGGUGCUGUCUUCCCAGAGCGGCAGGUGGUUGGUUUCUGGAUGUGGGCAGCGGCGUGUCCCUGCCCAGGAACAUUGCUUUUCAAGACAUGUUUUUGAGUUAUUCCAUCAUAUUUGAUCUUCUUUUCUUUUAAAAAAAUGCACGGUCACUAUAGAGCUUUAUGUUGUAUAGUUCUUUAAAUAAAGGAAAACAAUACCCAUAAUCCAGUGACACAGCCUGUCAAAUUGUGUUCCUGUUUUGUGCUUGCAGGUGCGACUGUUUGAAUGUAGCAGGGAGCCUUUUGUAAUUUGGCUUGACAUUGUCAUGUCGUUUUCCUUAUUUUUGGUGGCUGGAUAAUUUAUCAAUUGGACACUUCCUAAUUUAUUUUACAGUUCUGUACUGAAUAUUUCAUUGGUUACUAAUUGUUAUUUAUUCAAAUAAUCCUGUGGUGAGCAACACACAUAGAUCUUACCUUCUUUGGGAAUACUUUUUCUAUAUAGGUUUUUUUCUUAAGCCUGUUUAGUAACUGGGUGUUUUCCCAAGUUAGUAUAUUAUUUUUUCCCCAAGUUUAUUCUAUUUUUUUUUUUGCAUGGAAAAAUGGAACAACUUAACAGUUUCAGUAUUGAAGACUGAAGUUUAAAAAAAUUAAAUUUAAGGCACUUUUCUUUUAGAAUUCAAUUAGAAAGUAUUUAGGAUUUCUGAAUUGUCAGCAGCGUUGAUGAGAGUAGUGGUAACUGUGUGUGCUUGUGGAUUGAAGACACUUUGUGGAGACUAGGCUUGCCAUCCUUCAUCUAGCACAGUAAAGUGACUUUCAUGGAGUGCAAAUGAGAGUCCUGUGAAGUGACUUUCAUGGAGUGCAAAUGAGAGUCCUGUGCUUACCGCUUACGUAUACGCACAUAUACACACACACGUGUGUACGCAAGGCAGUGAACUCUUUAAAUGGACCAUUUAGAGAAAUAGAACCUUUUUGAAAGAUGGCAUUUUGAAUACAAGUAGUCUAGCCAGAUCCUGGUUUGUACUGAACUAGCAGGUAUGCAGAGAUUACUGAUUAAUAUAAGACUUUUUGAGUUUUAUUAAGCUUUAAGUUUUCAAAAAAAUUCAAUGUUGAAAUUUCUAUGGCGCUCUAUUUUUGCUCUGAUUUUAUGUUGCGGGAACAAGGGAAAGCACACUGUUCUUCCCUAAGGGUUUUGUUUUUUCCUCCCGUCAGAUUUUAAGAGACUAAGAUAAUUUACAGAUAAAGCUUUUAAUCAUCCAGCAGAAAAUGAGACUUCAAGAUUUUGUUUAGCUGUUUCUCAUAAUAGAAAAGAAAUAGAAAAGGUAAAAGCCAUUUCUUCUGAAAUGAACCAAGCAUUCAUUGUUCAUCCAAGAGGGAUUUUUGUGACCACUCAGCAGUGCCUGCUCUAGUCUUAAAUGUGCUUCGAACACCAUCACGUGAUUAAUGCUGCAAGAAAACAGGGCAUGAGACAAAUACUGUCUGAAGUAGAAUCUGCUGCUUGAACUGUUGUGUAAUAAUUAAACUUUGAUGUUGAGAAAUGACAAGUUUUAUUGCACACAUCAAAUUCAUGAUCUUAAAAUGAGAUUUGAGUUUUUUGGUAACUACCUUUAAAAAAGGAACAUCAAGAUGAUAAAAUUAAGAUUGAUAUCCCAACAUCAAUUGAUAUUGAGUAUUGUGAGUCAUCUAAAACUAGAUCUAAAUACAAAUUUUAUUUCCUGUUUUAAUUUAAGCAGGGGAGCUACUGUUUCGGAAAGCCGUUAGGUAAAUCUUUUAUAAAUCACUGUUUCUCAUUUUCAGUCAUACCUAAUGAUUGGGCAAGCUGAUGUCCUGUCUUCUAAGGUACACGUCAAACCUGGGAUGCAUUAAAAAUCCUAUAAGGUCCUGGAUAGUUUUCAUUUAAUUAUUCAUUAGAGAAACAUUUAUUUUCCUAUUGUGUGAAGUUUUUUGAUUGUUAAUAAAAGAAUGUCAACUAUCAGAA